GGCGGGGUUUAGCCGUGUACAGGAAUGCUGUCUCUUUGGGAAUGUUUUCCACUUUCAAUCCCUUUUUUUUUCCUCCUCACAAGGCGCUCUUUAAGCUGCGCUGUUUGCACACAGAGCCGCCAUUCAUCGCCGCGCAGGCAGCCGCACCGCUGCUAUUUCUUCCCGAUAUCAAAGGAUCCGAUCUGGAUGUUUGAGCUCAUUAUUAUUAUUAUUAUUUUUUGCAGUAAUUCUUAACAGGAGGAACUUUUUAGCGAGUUAAUUUUAAAAAAGAGAAACUUCUUUUUUAAACUGAAUUUGCAUUAAAAGUCAGUUUUUAUGAGAAUAAGCUCCUAGAAAUCUCAGAAUGUCUGGAGAGGAGCACAGCCUGUCCGAGUCAGAGCUCAGUCCUGGGGGGUCAGAGGAGGGCCACCCGCUCUCACCCGCUCACCCCGGAGCGCCGCCCGGACCGGGCUCCCCCCUCAGCGGGCCGCCGCAGCAGCUCACCGCGCUUUGCGUGGCGGAUGCGGGCGGAGAGGACGGCGGCAGAGCUCGGGCCAAAUCCGAGGAGGAGGACGAACGCUUUCCGAUCGGCAUCAGAGAGGCGGUCAGCCAGGUGCUGGACGGAUACGACUGGACGCUCGUGCCAAUGCCGGUGCGCGUGAACAACGGGAACAAGGCGAAGCCUCACGUGAAGAGGCCCAUGAACGCCUUCAUGGUUUGGGCUCAGGCUGCCAGGAGGAAGCUGGCUGAUCAGUACCCCCACCUGCACAACGCAGAGCUCAGCAAGACCCUGGGCAAGCUGUGGAGGCUGCUGAACGAAAACGACAAGAGGCCAUUCAUAGAGGAGGCAGAGAGGCUGAGGAAACAGCACAAGAAGGACUACCCAGACUACAAGUACCAACCCCGCAGACGUAAAAAUGGCAAACUGACCCCCGCCAGCGAGUCUGACAGCCAGGGGGAAGGGGAGGCCAGCCACUCCCAGUCCCACUACAAGACCCUACACCUGGAUCACAACGGUGGGGCCGGGUCUCCCCUGGGCGACCUGCACCACCACCACCACCACCACCAUCCUGCAGGUCAGGGUCACAGCCCCCCCACACCCCCCACCACCCCAAAGACCGAGUUGCAAUCUGGGAAACUGUCCGACUCCAAAAGGGAGGGUGCAACAGGAGCGGGCGGAGGAUCUGGGGGCUCCCGGGGGGCCCUAGGAGUGGGAGCUGAGGGGGCGUCUGGAGGUCCGUCAUCAAGCACCAAACCCCACAUUGACUUCGGUACGAUGGACAUCGGGGAAAUCAGCCACGAGGUGAUGUCCAACAUCGAGCCGUUUGACGUCAACGAGUUUGACCAGUACCUCCCUCCAAACGGGCACCCUCAGAGCGGCGCUGGGGGCCCGUCGGUCAGCUCGUCUGCCUCGUCCUAUGCUUACGCCCUGGCUGCGGCUAGCGGCCACUCGGCUUGGCUCUCUAAGCAGCAGCAGCAGCCUCAGGCCUCCCCCUCGUCCUCCGAUCCAUCAAAAGCCCCCAUCAAGAGUGAGUCUGCCACCGCCAGCCACUACGCAGAGGCUUCAUCUUCCCCCUCCUCAGGUACCCACGUCACCUACACCCCGCUCAGCCUCCCCCACUAUGGCUCUGCUUUCCCCUCGCUGGCCUCCAGGGCUCAGUUUGAUUAUGGAGACCACCAGGCCCCGGGGGCAUACUACACCCACUCCAGCCAGGCCCCAGGGCUGUAUUCAGCAUUUUCCUACAUGGGUCCCACACAGAGGCCCCUGUACACUACCAUAGGAGACCCCUCCAGCGUGGCGCCCUCUCACAGCCCCACACACUGGGAGCAGCCUGUUUACACCACCCUCACCAGACCUUGAGGCGGAGCGGCUGAGCAGUGGGAAAUAUGGGAAGUUUCUGAGUGAAUCUGUGGGAGAAACGUCUUUGAAACGAGGGACUGUGUGUUUCUGUGCCAUAUUAGCGGUUUUCUUUCAUUUUUUAUCCAACCUGAUAUAAAGCAAGAGAUUAAAGGAAAUGGAAAAUCACGGGGCAACAGCCAAUCAGAAACAGGAGAAGCCUAACCAAUGUGUGCCACCCUGUAAAGCACUUGUAUAUACCUUAGAAGAAGUAGCAGAGGGAGAACUGGGAUUGGACCAGUAAGCUGGACUCACCCGGAGGUGACGGGAUUUUAGAACGACAGAAUCUGAUCUUAUUAACCAAACUAAACAAUUAUUUGGUGUUUUUGUGUUCAUGCCACCUGUACAUUUAUUUCCUUAUCACUGGUGUAACUAUCUUGGCACCAUCGCUAUGGAGAAAAGAAGGAGCAAGUUUUGCCUGUUUUCACAUAAAACCUUGAGGUUGUUUGGUUGUUUUCUCUCAUGGGCCAUAAAUGGACGGCUCAAACUUUUUUCUGUUUUGUGUUUUUCAUUGUUGUUGUUCUGUAGAUCGCUCAGCCUGUAUUUCUUCCUUUUUGAUGAACUAAAUAAGCAUGUAUAACGGGGAAAACAUAGGAAAAACACAGGGAAAGAGAGCUCUUAAAGACGUAUGACUCUUUGGAGAUUUACCUCAGUUCUGUUUGCUUUAUGGCGAUCACCGAGACUCCUGAACUAUAAACGUAAAGCAUUUUGUCGAGUUUUAAAUGACAAACACUUUGAUGGUUUAUCCACUGCAGAAGUUGGAUAAAUGAUCCAGAAGUCUGAACCAAAUCUUUUGGGUAAUUGCUGAGCUGUGGGAAUUAUUUUAGGAUUAGAAUCACAUGUAGAAGGCUCUAGAAGUGCCUUUGCCUUCAGUUCUUUCCCUCUUUAUCAACCUGAAUAAUGGUCAUUACCACAUGUUUGCCUUUAUUACUUGACUCAGAUGUUUUAUACUGACCCUUUUAGCAUGUUGUUGUUGUUUUAUAAUGCGAGUAAUGAUGCAUCAUGUGUCACAUCUUUGCUUCUUCCAUUUUGUAUAAUUCUGCUUAGUUUUGUAAAGUGUUUGGUAUAUACUUACUCAAGUAUUUUUGCU